UUUCAUCCAUUUCACAUGGAGGCUAACAAGCGAGAAAUUGUGGAUUUCGGUGGGCUGAGAUCCUACUUUUUCCCAAAUUUGGCCCACUACAUCACGAAGAAUGACGAAGAACUGUUCAACAAUACAUCUCAGGCCAAUAAGUUGGCUGCUUUCGUGUUGGGAGCUUCCAAAGACGCUCCUGGAGACGAAGACAUUUUGGAGAUGAUCUUGCCGAACGACGCUAACGCUGCCGUUAUUGCUGCUGGCAUGGACGUUUGUCUUCUUCUCGGAGAUAAAUUUCGUCCGAAAUUUGAUGCUGCUGCUGAGAAAUUGUCAGGAUUGGGACAUGCUCAUGAUCUGGUUUCUGUCAUCGAUGACGACAAGAAGCUCGGAAUGCUCGCCCGUAAGGCCAAGCUGAAGAAGACUGAAGACGCUAAGAUUCUUCAAGCUCUUCUCAAAGUAAUCGCAAUCGAUGAUGCCGCCGAAAAGUUUGUUGAGCUCACGGAACUUGUCAGCCAACUGGAUCUGGACUUUGAUGUUUAUGUCCUAACUAAAAUCCUCGGACUUAUCUCUGAGGAGACUAGCGACGAGGUCGACAUUAUCCGUGAUAACGUCGUCAACGCAUUUGAUAGCUGCAAGCCGUUGUUGAAACAGUUGAUGUUGGAUGGUCCGAAAUCUGAACCUGCCGAUCCAUUCAUUAGUCUCCUCAUGGAUCCACUCGAAGAGUCUGUUGGGAAAGUUGUGAACCAUAUCGCUCAACUUUUCGAGGAAGCGAGUAAAAAUGAAGGAGACGAGUCACUUGUCUUGAGAUCUCAACUCGGAUAUCAGCUCUUUUUCCUUAUCGUUCGUUCACUUGCAGAUGGAAAGCGCGAGGUUUCCAAGAAAAUCCUCUCUGGGAUUCCUACGAGUGUCAGAGCGGAAGUCUUUCCAGGAUUGCAAAGAAGUGUCUACAAGAGUGCGGUGUUCCUCGGCAAUCACAUCAUCCAAGUUCUUUUAGGAUCUAAGAAGUCUUUUGAGGAUUGGGAUGUUGUUGGAGUCGCGAAAGACUUGGAGAGCGCCUGGAAAAGACGAGCCAUUGCGGAACUUAUCAAGAAGUUCCAAGUCUCAAUUCUAGAGCAAUGCUUCGAUAAGCCCGUUCCACUGAUUCCUCAGAGUCCACUAAACAAUGAUGCGGUGAUCGAUAAUGUGAAUAAAGCUCUACAGUUUGCACUGUGGCUUACAGAGUUUUACGGAUCCGAGAAUGAGACUGAAGCGCUGGGCGAGCUUCGUUUCUUGGAUUCCACUUCAAAAAAUCUUCUCGUCGAUAGCUUCAAGAAAUUUGUUCAAGGAAUCAACUCGAAGACUCAUGUCACUCGAAUUGUUGAAUCACUGGAGAAGUGUUGUUUGUCCGAUACACCAAGUGGCAGAAAGAGCAAUGUGCAACCAUCCACUUCCCAACAGCAGGAUUCCGCCUACACGAAAGAGGAAAUGACGACGGUUCACAACACAUACAGCGUAAAUACUAAAGCUCAAGUUCUCAACGGUCUCAGUGAUACCAAUUCUUCCGGGUUACUUGUCGAUUCAAAGGAUUCACUCAGUCUUCAGGAGAUUUCUUGUGACGAAGUGGAUUCUUCGACUUUGCUAAGCUCAUCAAGAAACAUUGGAGAAGGUGUUACUGUAAAAGCGGUCGAUCCUGUCCCAGAAAAGGUUAACGAUGCACAACAACAGCAAACAGUUAACGAGAUCGAGAUGGCUUCGGAUGCCAAUCAAGAUACUUCUUCAAGUGCUUCGCCAGAAGUAGCGCCAAGUUUUUCCACCGAUGGCUGGGAUUCUCCAACGAAAUCAGUAGCUCUGCCACCGGGCAUGCAGCAGAUAGAUGAAGAGGAAACCACAGUUGCUGACAAAGAUUCUACACCACAACCACAAGCUCGUGCUGAAACUGCAUGGGGGUCAGGCGACGCUACUCCAAUGCCUCUUCCUGCCCCGACUAAUCAAUACAAAGUCAGUGGAUUUGGGGAAGCCAAAGUUGCAAAAGGAUUCGGUCAAUUUGCUCCCACCAGUUCAGCUUAUGGAGGAGGAGGUGGUCGCGGAGGAUAUGGCGGUGGAGACCGUGGAGGCAGAGGUGGAUACGGCGGAGAUCGUGGAGGUAGAGGUGGAUACGGCGGGGGAGACCGCGGAGGACGAGGUGGAUACGGCGGAGAUCGUGGACGUGGUGGUUACGGGGGUCGUGGUGGACGCGGAGGUUUCUAAACUCCAACUAUUGAAUGUUUAAUUUGUUUUUUAAGUAUACACUUCUUGUAUACUUACACGUUUUACGCACAUUAUUUAUUCUAACAAUCUUGUUGUAAAAUCCCUAAAACCUUGACUGUCAUUUAUUAUUUAUUCAACCUGUUUUUCCUUGUUCCCGGUAAAUGUUUGAACUAGA